AUGUCCCGGUCACACGCCUACGCGGCGCUCCUCCAGCGCAGCAGCGCCGCCAGCCCCGGCCUCACCGCCUCGCUCCACGCGGCGCUGCUCAAGACGGGCCUCCUCGACUCCGACCAGUUCCUGAGCAACCACCUGCUCAUCGCCUACUUCAAGUCGUCGUCGUCCUGCCUCGACGGCCUCCGCCUGCUCGACGAAAUGCCCCGCCGAAACGCCGUCUCGUGGGCGGCCGCCGUCGCGGGGCUCGCGCGCCGGGGACGCCACCGCCAGGCGCUCGCGUGGUUCCGGCGGAUGCUCCGCUCCGGGUUCCGUCACAACGAGUUCGCGCUCGUGAGCGCGCUCAACGCCAGCUCGUUCGUCCGCGGCGGCGGUGGCGCUGGUCUCGCACGGCAGCUCCAGGCCCUCAUCGUCCGGCUCGGGUUCGAGUCCAAUGUGUUCCUGCUGAACGCGUUCCUCGCGGCGAUGGUCCGGCACGGGAAGCUCGUCGACGCGGUUCAGUUGUUCGAGGAGGCACCGCUCCAGGACAUCGUCUCGUGGAACACGCUGCUUGCCGGGUUCGCACACCAUUCAUGCGUGCGAGCGUGGAUUCUCUGGAGAAGGAUGAUCAGGGAAGGCGUUGGCCCGGACGGGUUCUCGUUUAGCACAGUGUUGUCCGGGUUGGCAGCAAGCGAACACUUGGCGAGCGGACUGCAAGUUCAUGCCCAGCUUGUCAAGAGCGUCUGUGGCGCCACUGAUGUAUGCGUGGGAAACUCAUUGGUGGAGAUGUACAUGAAGAACAAAGCCCUGGAGUCCGGUACCAAAGCGUUUGUGGAGAUGCCUCGGAGAGAUGUCGUGUCGUGGACAGAGAUGGCUGCCGGUUGCCUACAUUGCGGUGAGCCUGCUAGGGCCAUUGGAGUUCUCGGUCGCAUGAUGCUCGACGGUAUUGUGCCCAACAACUACACAUUUGCAACGGCAGCCAAUGCCUGUGCACUCCUCGCCUGUCUGAGCGAAGGAAAGAAGGUCCAUGGAUAUGUGGUCAAGCUUGGAGAGGGCUCUGAUGUGGGUGUCAACAAUGCGCUGAUUGACAUGUACGCAAAGUGCGGCUCAGUGAGCAGUGCACACGAGGUAUUCCAGGCGAUACGGCAGCGACCAGUCAUAUCCUGGACGGCGAUGAUCAUGGGUUUUGCGCAGAACGGUCAAGCUCGGGAGGCUGUGAAGGUGUUUGACGACAUGCUUUUGACAGGCAUCGUGCCAAACCAAGUCACAUUCAUCUGUGUUCUCAAUGCUUGCAGUCAAGGUGGGUUUGUAGACGAAGGCUGGAUAUACUUCAGCGCCAUGACAGACAAGUUCGGUGUCCAGCCUGGCGAGGAUCACUACGCCUGUAUGGUCGAUCUCCUUGGAAAAGCAGGUCAGAUAGAAGACGCCGAAGAGCUGAUAUCACGAAUGCCGUUCCGCCCUGGAGCUCUGGUCUGGCAGGCUUUGCUCAGUGCUUGUCAGCUCCAUGGAAAUUAUGCUGCAGCACAGCGAGCUGCAGAGCACGCGCUUGCGCUCGAGAAGGAAGAUCCAUCGACGUACCUAUUGUUCACCAGGAUGCUUGCAGGUAGGCACAAUUGGGACGGUGCAGGAAGGUUGAGAGGGCUCAUGGGGGACAGAGAUGUCAUGAAGCUACCUGGGUCUGCCUGGCUGCAGCCCAUGCCUGAGAGUAACCAAGCUUGUAUAGCGUGA